AUUCACAUUAGACGAGUCAGUGAACAUUUCGAACGCUUAGGCUCCUUUAAUUAAAAAAAAUUUUAACGAAAAUGCAUACUCUUUACAUUGCUGCCGUCUUAGCUGCCAUUUGUGUGGCCAUUAAUGCUCAAGUCAAUUUUCCUGAGCCACAAGUAAUCCAACCGCUUGAGCUUCAUAACGUUGGCGGUCGUCACAAGUUAGAAGGGGAUGAUAUAAAGGAGGCCGAAGACGAGCUAACCAAAUCUUUGACAAAAAUAGCUUCCGGAGAAAAUGGCCCUCAUUACAGGUUGGAAAAAAUCCAUGCCGCAUAUAAAGCAAUUGUUGCUGGCUUUAGGUAUGACAUCAAUGCGGAUCUUGUGGACGAUGAUAAUAAGGGCGAAACUAAAAACUGCGACGUCCAGAUUUGGUCCAAAUCUGUGAAUGAAGGCAGCAGAGUCACUUUCAAGUGCUAUCAAGAACCUGUGGUGGUCCGAGAACACGAAACUUAAUUUUUUAAUUUUUUAUCAAAUCGUAGGUGGUUUAUAAUUCUCACAAAUAAAUGUCUUAAUAAAGAACAGUGAGAAUAAUUUAGCAAAUUUAAA